AUGAAUAUCUCGCUGAAGUCGAAAAGCUCCAUCGUCACAGGAGCGGCGGGUGGAUUUGGGAAAGCGGCCACCAAAGCCUUGCUGCUGGCUGGUACCAGCGUCGUCGCUUGUGACGUUAACGAUUCAAUGUUGGAAGAGUGCUAUCGAGAGUUGUCGCCCCUUGGAAAUCUACAGAGGUUCUCAUGUGACCUGACAGAUCCCAACGCCGCGAAGCAGCUCGUUCAAAAGGCCGUCGAUGCCCAUGGCGGACUGGAUAUCCUGGUGAACAACGCGGGCAUCAUGGAUCGAUUCGACUCGAUAGUCGACGUCGACAUGGACUUCUGGGAUCGUGUAAUUGCCACGAAUCUCACCGCACCGUCGAGACUGUCGAAAUGCGCCGUCCAAGAAUUUCUACGGGGCGACGAAACGCAAAACGCCGAAGGGGCAAAGUCUAGUCGCGGCAUUAUCGUCAACGUCGGUUCAAUCAAUGGUUUCAGGGGCGGGUUGUCGGGCGUCGCAUAUACGACGGCAAAGCACGGUCUGGUGGGCCUCACGAGAAACACGGCGGCAUUCUACUCCAACAAGGGGAUUCGAUGCAAUAUCAUCAUGCCCGGCGUGAUGAAGACUAACAUCCAAAGCGCCUAUAAAUUUGGUGUGAAUGAGGAAGCCCGUAACCUCUCGAGAAAGCUGGCAGAGGUAAACCCGGGAGCCGUGGAGCUCGACAAAUUGGCCAAGAUGGUAGUCUGGGCUUGCUCUGAUGAUGCUGAUUACUUGAGCGGGGCCAUCAUAAGCGCCGACUACGGCUGGCAAGCAAUGUAA